CGCCGCAAAUCCCCGCAAACUUCGCCCCCCUUCUUUUUUUGUAUAAACCCCUUCUGCGGGACCUUUCCGAAAAUUCCCCCCCCCCCCCCCCCUAUGACGAAAGUGCGUUGUGACGAAAGUUCCUUUUACCGUUGUAACUUCUGCAUCAUCAAAAUGAAUACGAGAUGUAAGCCCUUUUGCACUAGACUUAGUGUUUCUCAAAUGUAUCAAACUGUGUAUACACCUACAUGUUUUUCAUAAUUACAUUCAUUUCAUAUCUGUAUUAUCCUAUGUAAGAGAAAAUUUUUGUUUCUUUUAUGACGUCAUUCUAUUCUAUACACUCUCUCUAUUCUCACAUGAUUCAUCCAUCUACUAUUGUAUGUUUAGUAUGUAUAUGUGAUAAUCAACUUUUCUUUGCGACUGUUCUCAACAUGUAAUGGGCGCGCCCUCUUUGUUGAAUCAAUUAUACUAUGUUUAGAACAAAAAUAAGGAAGAGGAGCGCAAUGAUGCACGAAAAUAGAAAAAUUGAUUAUCACCUGCAUGAAAAGAGUUUACAUUAUUUAUUAUUAUAUUGUCGCUUAUGCACUGCAUUUAUUAUAGUGUGAAGAAGCAAAAUAUUAUUACUUGCACUAUCAGUGAAUAACCACACUCAGUAUUCAAAUGUUUCUGGUCUAUGUCUGCUCUGUUCUAUUCGUAUGUCAAACGAAAGUAAUUGACAUUUGUCAUCACUCAUUAAAAAAGAUACGACUGUUUGCCUGUCUAACUCUAUCGCAGUCGUUUAUCUAUUCUCCACUCAACUUUUCAUUCUCAUUUCAUUUGUCAACAAUUUAUUAGCACUUCAGACGUGUUUGUGUCACAGGAUACGAAUAACUAAUUUAGAUAUUUAUCUGAAUAUUAUCUGCAUCAAUGGAUUAUUUUUUUUGGCUAUAAAAGGGAUAAAUUUUGUGUUUAUUAUUAAACAAUUUAACAUUUCAGUCAACGUCAGUGACGUUAUCUCUUUGCUGGAAAUUUACAUGGCACAUUAUGGUUUGUGGAUAGACAGUUUCAUUGCUUGCAAACGGAUGCUUAUCUAGUGUUGGAAUGUCGACUUAUUUGCUUCGAGGAAACGCUCGAUCUUAGUACCAAGUGUAUGUUUUUCGUUUUUGUCAUUCACGUUUUACAUAAUUACGUGUAAGUUAAACUAUUAUGCUAUCCAAUUUUCGGCGAUAUCAACUCUCUGGUACCCUCUAUUUUACAAUUCAUUGUCGGCGUUCUCAUCUUACACGUCCCAGGAAGCAUCUAGUUUCGGAAUCGCUCCGACAUUUGUCAUGUUUGGAUUCAACAGUUAUCGAAGCAUAAAGACUUCUUUCUACCAACAUUAUUUCUUCAAUUUUUCGGGCUACCACGGUUCAUUUUCAGUGAAAUUAUUGAAAUCUGUGAUUAACCGAAUCCUUUAUCAGCAUUUCGAACAGAUUUAGCUCUUGAACUCAUUAGUUUUAUUCCCUUCGUAUAGACCUUCGUCAUGUAUAUCUGACCGAACAGUAUCUACAUGUCCUAAUUUCGCAAUUUGUCCAUCUUUGGACGACAUUUUUCAACGAUAAAAAAGAAAGUACCGAUGACAGUAUUCGAGUCUUUUGCGUGACUGUGACUUAUUACUCCACAGGUACAUUACAUAAGAUCGGGAUAAUUUGUUUAGCUCGAUCGGUCUAUAUGACCAAUCAAUCAUUUUUUGGCCUCCGUUUAAUAACCAAAUAAAAAAAUGGACAAUGCCAUUCGAAAGAGGAUUCAAAACUGAUUUAAAUUCCAUGGGGGUCGGCUAUGGGUAUCUUUUCGGGUACUGCAUAAAAAUUCGAUCAAAAAUCGCGUAUUUUGAUCGGGAUAUAAAAUAUAUCCCGAACGUUUUUGAUUUUUUUAAGAAAAUUUUCGCUGUGGAAAAAAGUAACAGCUGAUUACUGAAAUCUAAAGCCACCAUCGGAUUGAACACUAAAAACUGCAUAUGAAUUCAUGGGGAUCUCAAAAGUAUCGGAUGAAGAUAACCUCCUAUCCGUUUCAAAAUAUAGUGUCCGUGGCUACUGUUCGAAUACUCCAGAACGAAGAGAGAUAGAGACCUGUUUCAGCAUUUUGCAGUACUCGAAAGGAUAGGUAAAUAAUAUGGUCUUAUUUUUCUUUUCAUAUUCAUCUCUUUGUGUUACGUUGUUACACGCUAUAUUCGUAAACGGAUAUAUCUUCGAACUGUUUCGAUCUAAAAGUUUGAAACUUGUGGUAAAUGUAGUUUAAAACAGAGACUCAAUGCCCAAAAUGUUUCAACCUUCUAGCUGUAAAUCAUAAGGACUACUGAAGUUAGUGGCGCAAUGAGUGUCGUCAAAAUUUUGAAUAUUCAACAUCUUCGCCAUACUCAUUUGGACUGAAACUUUAUCGCUGUCACACAUGUCAUUGCAACCAUUUUGCACAAAAUUUCAGCUAAUUCAAACUUGUUUUAGCACAGAAAUCGAAAUUUCACUUUUCAAGGUCUGCACAGAAAGCAGACUUUCCAUGAAAUUUAUUUUCCAUCUUUUUAUACAGUAUUCGAUAGAAGGUAUUGAGCUGAUCACGAACAUGUGCUCUUCGUUUUUUCGGAGACCUCGAUUCUUUUUCAUGUAAAAAUCAUCUAUCCGAAAUUAUAUUCAAAUCGUACUUGUCUAACACACAAAAACAUCUGUUUUCUUUCUCAUAUAACCAAAAAAACAUCUUAUACCUACUCUUUGACAAGAGAGUGCAUUUAGUAUUUAUACAACACAUGAAAUCUCAUUAUCAAGCCAACUCUUACAACAUCACAUACUCCAUCGACAUUAAAUUUAUUUCAUCAACAAAAUGAAGUGCCUAUGCAUUUUCUUGGUUCUGAUGGCUCUUGUUUCAGUUGCAAUGAGCUUGAUGGCUGAUACUCCACAUUAUCCAUGGGGUCAGUGUCAAUGUCAACGAGGAGGAGAACGUGGUGGUCAUUGUCAUUGUCCAGAUCAUGCAAAGAUGAAUACUUAUUGUCGUUAUGGAGGAAAUCAUUGGAUUUGUUUUCCUUUCAGUCGCCGUCGUUCACUUUCUUCUCAAGAAAGUCAUGAUCAUGAAUGA